AUGGAAGGAACUUUCCAAUAUUUUUACGGAUUUCAAUAUGAAAGAGUCGAGAGCAGCGGCCCAAACAUCAAAUUUGCUUGUAUUCAGCAAGAUUGUGAAGGAGCGAUGAUAUUAAGAACAAGCAAGGAUUUUAUUCUAGUACAACAACAUAAUCAUCCGAGGAUUGAAGUUGAGGAUGCGGAAACGGUAAGAUUUGAAGUUAAAGAUGUUUUAAGGUUAAGAAUGACGGUUUAUGUUUAACAUUUUAUUUAGGUUUAAGUAUGAAGUUUUAGGCUUAACAAUGAUGUUUAGGCAUAACAAUGCAAAUUUAAGCUUAAAGUUUAACUCUAGGCUUGAAAAUCAAUUUUACGUUUAAAAUAAUCAUUUAGGCUCAAUCCUACAUAGUGGUAGCAGAAGUAAACAACGAAUUCGUCAAAGUUUUUGUAAGAUCUUCUUUAAUAUUCAGAGAAGGGAAGUGUAAAAUCGACGAAAAAUGCGAAUUUGCAUCGUUGGUAUACGAAAAAACAAAAGGAAUUGUAAAAGGAAUAUUCAACGAUCGAAACGAAGCCCUCGAGUUGAUGAUUAAGCUCUGUGAAGAAUAUCAAAUUGAUCUAGCCGCCAUGGAUGUGGAUGCCAAGACUAGGACUAAUCCAAUAGGAAGACCCAGGCUUAGGCCUAGAAAAAUGUGGGUUUAUAUGUUUGAUGUGAAUAUAUCUAAAUAAUAGUGAACAACUUUAGAAGUUAGAUGAAAGUUGAAGCGGGUCAAAAAGAAUUGGACGAUUUUCAUAGUGAAUCACUGUGCAAAAUGUCCAAUUCUUUUUGACGCGCUUGGACCUUAUAGUAGGUUUUUUCUUUUAAUUGUAACUUGUUUUAAAAAAUAGGUAGAAAAUUUAAAAUUUGUGUUAUUGUAGAUUUAUAUUGCCAAAUAUCGUCGAAAAGAAUUUAUAAAAUUUGCAAAAACAAAGAAGUUACAGUAAUUUUAUCGUAAUACUUUUUUUUAAUCUUUCAAAAUUGAAUAAACACCGUUAAAACUAAUGAUAAAAACACAAUUUUUAGAAAAAAGAACUACAAUAUGGAUGUGAAAGGAGAUGCAUACUAUCCUUUGGUGAAUCCAGAACGGCCAGCAUGCUACAGACAGAUCGAGGAAGAGGACGGGGAGUUGUUGUCGGAGGAUGUAGUGGAACGAAUCAUGGCUGAAACUGAAAGUAAGGCUGUAAAUUAGUUUCUCUAUUGAUGUUUUACAUUAAAUAUGUUUUUUCUAAGACUUUUUGAGUAAAAAAUUAAUUUUUCUAUACAUUUUUCGACCAAAAAUUCAGUUUUUGUUGAUUUUUUAGUCAUUCAAAAAGCCCGCUCCUGUUGCCAAAGUGAACAAUGUCUCAUGAAGCAAAUAAUCACUGUUUUGAAUCGAAACACAUCAGAAUUGGCAACGUUAAGGAGAGAAAAGAAGGCCAUGUGGACACAGAUUGGCAGGUUGAAUCGAAGGAUCAAACAGUACUAUAUUGCACCUCAACCCGUUAUCAACAAGUUCCAGCGUGAGUUUUUGGGGCUAGAAUUAAAUAUGGGUUUUUAAAUAGGGUUUUAGUCUUAAAAAUGAAAUUUUAGGCUUAUGAAUAGAAUAUUAGGUUUAAAAAUGAAUUUUAGGCUUAAAACUGAAUUUUAGGCUUAAAAAUGAAGUUUUAGACUUAAAAAUGAAGUUUCAGGCUUAAAAAUGAAAUUUAAGCUUAAAGAUUAAGUUUUAGGCUUAAACUCAAAAAAUAUUAAUUUUUCAAGGCUUAAUAAUAAUCUUUUAGCCAAGUUUCAUCACGUAUCACGAGAUCAAGUUGACAAAUUGGCAUCAAAGCAUCGAAAUCCAUUUGUUUUUGCCAAGAAAUUAUGGGCCAAACUCUUCCCAUCGGCGAAAGACAAAAUCACUAAAACCAGAUGGCGGGACCCAGCCAAGAUACACGAACUUCAAUGCAUCGUCCAGGCCUACUUCCCAACCCAACAUGAAUGUAUCGCCAUCAAGAGAUGGCAUCGCAUUUGGAAACAACUUAUCGUACAAGCCAUGAAGCUGCGAAAACUACUACUACAAGAUCAGUUCGAACAAAAUGAGGCUGCCAUUGGCGCUAUGAAUGUUAUUGGUACCCUUGGUGAUAUAGACAUUGAUACUGGAGAGAUAUAUGCUGAUGGUAGUGGAGGUCCGGGUACUAGUGGUGAGAUGGGUAAUAUUGAUGGCAAAAAUGAUGAUUAUGUUGGCAUGCAUGACCCACCGGAGUACUCAAUUCGAAUGAAAAACAAUGAUAAGUUCAGGUACAAAAGGCGGAGGUACUAUUAUGAGGAAGAGAGUGAUGAUCAAGGUGACGAAGAUGAGGAUAAUGAAGGUCAAGGGGAUGGUGAUGAAUAUACUGAAGGUGAGAUUGUGUUAGAGUAACUUAUACUAUAGUCAUUGACUUGUUUUUAUUAGAUAUCGCCUACUUCUAUCCUUAUUCUUGUUUCUACUGUGUCUUACUGUGCCGAACCGUGCUUCAUUAUUGCUGUUUUUUAGAAAUGUUCGAGAUAGAAGCAGCAAAAGCCCGAGAAGACGGCUUCGACCGAGAUGAUCAAGAAGACAAUGAAGACCAAGAAGACGAACAAGAAGAAGAAAUGGAUGAAGAAGACUACAACAUCCCAGAUGUUAAUGGAAUGGCCGGUGAAUUCAACGAGUAUUUAAAGUCGAUUCUGGCGAAUAGCGAGUACGAAGAAGAGCUUCGACUGUUACCUAAACAAGAAGUCGAUGAAACGUCAGUGAAUGAAGAUGCUCUCGCACCGAGUACUAGUGGUAUCAUUGGAGGUAACGAGUGGAAUGUCAAAACUGAACAGGAUGACGAAUAA